AUGACGUCGCACGAUGAAAACGUUCGGAACCGAAUCGAGCGGUUAGAACAUGAGAUCUUCAGGCAUCCGCAAGACUUUGACAACCACAUUCGCUACAUCAAGGCGUGCAGCGAGAUCAAAGACUCGGGCAAGCUUCAGGCCGCUCGCGAGAAGUUUGCUCGCCUGUUUCCUCUGCCCCAGGAUGUGUGGAUGGAAUGGCUCGAUGAUGCACGCGAGGGUGCAGACACCCUCGAGCAAAUGCAAUCUGUUCUCGACUUGUACAAACAAGCAUCCGCUGAUGGCCAGUUGGCCCAGUUGCGGCUUGACUAUCUCGACUACUGCAAAAACUUUUACCUUUUGCAAGGGCAGGGCAGCUUCCAAGACGAUGGCAUUGCCGCGCUCCGUGCCCUCUACGCCGAGCAGCUGGCCUUUGUUGGUCACCAUUUUACCACGGGAUUGCCUGCGCACAAGCGAGCCAUUGAUUUCGAAACGGACCUGCUGCGUCAGUUAAUGGCCGGGGGCGAUGAAGCUGCCGUUGAAGCCCAAUUCGGUUCGGUCAUUGAGGCUUAUCGACGCCUCUUCCGUGUGCCGGUGCAAGGGCUGGCGGAUGAGUUUGAACGAUUUGAAACCUGGUGUGAGGAACUGGGCAUCGAGGUGCCAGACGAUAUUGAAGAGACCUUUGAGCAAACCAUGACACUGGUCAAGGUGUUAACGCCCCUCGAGAUGCAGCUCAAAAAAGCUAAAGAUGGUGCGCCCGCCCAUCGCUGCGCUGCCUUGCUCGUGCCCUACCAACAAAGUGCCGAGCUCUGUUUGGCACGGGCCGCCGUGAUAAUGCUGCCGUCUCAUCCCAAACCUGCGUUUGUCAUGGGCAUGGACAUUGCAGCUGCAAAAAUCGCCGACAAAUACGAUGCUCUGCGCGCGGCGGUGUUGCACAGCGAGGCACCAAACAAACAAAAGUUGGCGCUUGGCUACUGUCUGCGACAGGCAGAGGCGCAACCCAAAGAGGCCUUUCCCUGGGUCACUGCCAUCCACCACGCGCUUGCGGCACCAGAGGAAGAGUAUGUUGUCAAUCUGGCCCUUCGUGCCGUGCCCGGAGCGCACCACGUCUGGUGCCUUGCCUUUGCCAUCCGUGAUGGCCACAAUCAACCGCUGGGACAGCUCACGCAACUCGCAGAGCAAGCCCUAAAGCAACAGUUUGGCUCGGCGGAUGCCUACAUUGAUGUGUGGAUGCACUUUUUGACCGUAGUUGUCAAACGCCAACAGCAGGGCGAAAAGGGUGUUUCGGAGGAAGAUUGGGCUCGCCAUCGUGAUACUGCCCUCACCUAUCUUCUCGACUACCUUGGGGGGUGGCUGAGUGACCCCCAACAUCGUCUCGUGUCGUGCUUGCCGCUUCUCAACAAGCGCGUGCUCCUCGAACAGGCCGAGCUGGAGAGCCGAGUCACGGGCGACAGCCGCAAAGGCCGGGAGAUGCUUGACAUGAUUCUGCAGGACGAAGCAACUCGCCCUCUGUACGCUACCUGGAAGGCCGUCAUUGCAUAUGAACGCCAACACAACGCUUCGAUCGAGGCGCUUCUGGAACUGCAUCAAGAAGCAUUUGAGGCCGUUCAAGAUUACGGUUACUACAUGGCCCGGGAUUACCAGCAGCUGGUUCUCACCACUUCACAAGCAGACCCGGCCAUCGUGUUGCGCCUGUUCGGAAGUCUCAUUGCACGGCCACAAGAGGUUGUUGCAGCGACAGCCGCCCAUAGCGAAUCAGGCUCCAAGAAGCCUGCCAAGUCGGCCAAGCGAUCCGCGGACGACGCAAACGUUGAGCCUCGUGCAAAGAAGACUGCCACCCAGGCCGCGACGAAUUCAGCAACCGAAGCCAUGGACACAAGUGCGCCUCGCGGCGCGACUCCUACACAUGGUGCCGGCGAUGAGUCCGCUCCCGUGGCGCCGCGUCAGGCACACAAAGUUGAGGCCGAGGAUCGCACGGUCUUUGUCAAGAACUUGGACUUUUCUGUUACGGAGGACGAGCUUCGUGCACGGUUUGCAGACUGCGGAGAAAUUGUAGACGUGCGAAUGCCAUUCAACCACAAGGGCAAGGCAAAGGGUUAUGCCUACCUGGAGUUUGCCUCGGCGAGUGCCGUCAAUCCAGCGCUGAGCAAGGACCGUCAAAUUAUGGGCACGCGUCCCAUGCUUGUGGACCGCUAUGUUGACCGCUCGCAAAUGCCGUCAUUGCCCUUCAAACACACGACUGACAAAAACCCCAAGUCGUUGUUUGUCAAAAAUCUGGACUAUAAGGCCAGUGAAGCUGAGAUCAAGGACCUCUUCAACAAGCAUGGUGCGGUGGAAGCGGUGCGGCUUGUAACCAAGUUUGACGGCUCGCGGCGCGACUUUUGCUACGUGGAUUUUGUCACAGAGGCUGAUGCAGCAAAGGCACAAGCAGCCCUGGAUGGCCACAUGCUUCACGGGCGUGCUCUUCGAGUCAACAUUAGCAAGCCGCCCGGCCCCUUGAGGCAAACGCUUGGUGGUGGACGGCCGACAUUGGGUGGAGGACCUGGUUCCACCAAGAGCGCAUACCUCACAUCACGGCCUUGUUUCAUUUUAGCCAUCCGGCCCCGCGCCUGGUGCCUCGAGCAGUCGCCAAAGCACAGCAAGCGAAAAGCCUCCACGUUGAGGAUGGCUGACAGACGUGACGAGCACGAGGCUGGGCCCAUGAUUGAGGCUGGGGCUGAGCAGGAGGAUGCGGAUCAGACGACACCCGUGCCUAUGGGUAUUGAGCCAUUGGAUGAUGAUGUAACUGAGGCGCGGGAGGAGGUGGCUGAUGCAAAAAAGGAGGAUGCGAAUGACAGUGAGGCUGGGCGUAGUUUGAGUGGGACCUGGAUCGCCAACCUGAUGGUCGGCGCACAGAAGCAGCUGGCAGCUUUGCGCAGUCGAUCCAAGCCCAGCGCAGAGCCGACUGGCGAGUCUGCUAUCUUGGACGCUGAAGAUACAGCUUUUGGUGAAACGGGCGCAACUCAACCCUCUGAAAUGGAUACGGCUGAUCCAAAGUCUGAGCUCUUGCAAGCUGAUGGCCCACCUCUGGUGCGCACCGCCAGCGAACCGGCGCGGGCACGCUCCUCCGGACCAGAUCGCGAUUCGCCCGUGAGCGAAGCUGCGGCCAGUGAGCCGCCGCAUCCGGUUGCAGCCUAUGAUUUGGACCAGGCCAUGAGCGUGCCGGCAGCCGAUCCCCUCCCACCCCUGGGGGCCGACCAGGUGCGGUGGUAUUUUAACGACCCAUACAUUGCCGUUGGCCUCAAGACGAAGGCCCGACAUUGGGAGCCUUUCUGUUGCCACGAUGCGCGUCGCCUCGAGAGCCUGUACCAGCGCCAGCUGCAGACCCUCCGAGCGCCCAUCACCACCGACCCCCCUGCCGCUACUCGCGCCCCCACCGUUGAUCGCGAGGAAGUUCGUGGCGGCCUGUACGAGGUGGAAGUGCUCUCCAACAAGGAUCGGCGCCACAUUGCUUGGCCAAUCUAUUGGGAUUCUGAGGAGCCCCUGCAGGUAACGCGGGGAACCUGGUUUGAAAAAAGCGACAACGCUCUGCAGCCACUGGAUGAGACGCUGGCAGACGCCAUUGAAGCAGAGCAUGUUACCGUGGCAUACCGUCGGCACUUGGAACGAGAAAUGCGUCGCCGCGAGGAACUCGCCGCAUACACGCGUGAGCUGGCCGACCCGGAACGCCGGCGCCGCUCCAGCAAGCCCAAGACAGGUCUCGAGGAGCUCCAUCGUCUGGACAUGGUUGGUGGCAAAACUGCCAUUUGGUAUGGUAUAGAAGAUAUUCGUCUUUGCGACACCAUCGCGUCCUGGGCACCCACCUAUGCCGGGCGCAGCAUCUAUCGCGGACAUGCACACGCCUGCCACGUGAUUACUGGAGCACGCAAGGACGACGACGAUAGUCACUGUCGAUGCGGCAAGGCUGAACACCUUGUAUUGGUCAUCCACGGCAUUGGUCAAGCGUAUGAGCAGACCAUCGUGGAAAUGUCCGCAUACCUGCGCAACAUGUCGCAAGCAUAUGCCAAGGCAGGGCACCUCGACAAUUCCUAUCAGCAAGGUCACAAGCAUGUGGAUUUCCUUCCCAUUGAGUGGCGCACGUCGCUGGCGUUGGAUGGCGGCACCAUUGAUGCCAUUACCCCACCGGGCGUCGAAGUGGCCCGCCGUUUCCUCAACAAUGGUGCCUUGGAUGUUCUGUAUUUCACCUCACCCAAGUUUUGUCAAGAAAUCAUGGACAGCGUCACAGAUAAGCUCAAUGCCGUGUAUGCUGAAUACACGCGGCGUCAUCCAGAUUUUGAGCGGAACGGUGGCAAGGUCUCCAUUGUUGCCCACUCGCUGGGUGGAGUCAUUAGCCACGCAUUGCUCACUCACCAGGAUUCGGCGGUGGAGAUGGAGGACGAUAUGCGCGAGGCUCGGGAGGAGCACGCACGACUUGUGGCUCUGCGCCGCGAAAUCAAUGCGCUCAAAAUGCGGGCCCGUCGUCGCAAAGCAGGACAUUUGCUGAAAGUGGAAAACGAGAAGAAGCCCAAGCGUGAUGUGACUGGCCAGCAUUUGACUCAUGCAUUUGUGCGCGUCAACAUGCGCAACUUGGCAGCUGGUCCUCGUGGCAGCCUGUCCCUCACUCUGCCAGAGGUGGAGGAUGUAGACGAUAUCUUGGAUGACCAGCCAGAGGACAUGGAUGGAGAUGACGAGGAUCACGGCGAUCCGUUUGACGAACCAACUGCAGACACUGCAACCGCUGCACCCCCGUCACCAUCAGCCAGUGGCCAGCCAUCGCUACACCCCAUGCCUGCGAUUUUUUCCAAGCUACAUUUCCCGGUGCGCCAACUUUUCACGCUGGGAAGCCCCAUCUCCAUUUUCUUGACUAUGCGCGGUGCACGCUCAAAGGAUCAAAAGAAAAGUUCGAGUGCCAUGUUACUGCCUCCGAAUACACGCCUUUAUAACAUUUACCACAGCGCGGAUCCUCUGGCGUAUCGCCUCGAGCCCCUACUGCAAGUAGAGCCCCAUGAUGAUCCAGUCAACGUGCCCGACUUUGAGCUGGGUGCCAGCGGCAUUUUUAGCGUCGUCUCGAAGACGGUUAACCCGUUUCUCAAAACGCUCAAUCAAGCUGCAACCACAAUCUCACAGUGGCGGGCUGGCCGGAAACAGGCCGUCUCGAUGCUGACGCUUGCGGCGGCUGUGACGGAGUCUGCACCCGACGACGACGAUUUGGACGAGGCGCGAGCUGACUCAAGUGAUGCUUCAAGCGCUGAAAGGCCAUCCCAAGGCUCAAGCAUUGCACAGGCUCGCGGCGAGGUCGUGCGUGUCUCAAACCAAGACCGAACUGAUUUUGUGGUGGCCGGGGGCGCCGGUGAUGUGGGGAUUCAGUCACUUCAGUACUUGUCUCUGUUGAGUGCCCAUACUGAUUACUGGUAUCGAUGGGAUGUGACGCAUUUCAUCAACCAAACCUUGAUCAACGGUCUUGGUUUGGAUCGCGAGGUUUAA